AUGGAGCCCCUCAUCUCCGGCAAUCUCACCUCGCCUGCCCUUGCCAGCAACAUUAGGUCUGGUGACCUAGACCGAGAAAACUCAGAGGCUUCGGAGGAGUGGUGGCACUACUCAAAUCACAGCAACAGAAAGUCGGAGACUGGAAUGGGAGAAAGAGAAAUAGAAAUCGAGAAAUCGACUUAUACAGUAAAUGGGGAAGAAUCGAUGAUGCACGCAACAUGUUUGAUAAAAUGCCUCAUCUGCCACUGGAACAAAACUGUACGGACAAUUCCAAUCUCUCGCAAGAAAGAAGAAAGAAGUAGCAAGCGAUCACUUUUGAUCGAGAAGGAAAGAAAAUUGAAGCAAGUUGGAGCUGAUGCUGAUGAAGAUAGAAUUGAAUUACUCUUGUCGGAGGUUAAGGGUAAAGAUAUCACCGAAUUGAUUGCAUAUGGAAGGGAGAAGUUGGCUUCUGUUCCUUCAGGUGGCGGUGGUGGUGUUGCAGUUGCCGCCACAGGUGGUAGUGGUGCUGCUCCCGCUGCAGCUGCUGCAGCUGAGCUAAAGAAAGAGGAGAAAGUUGUAGAGAAAGAAGAGUCCGAUGAUGUUAAAAGGAAGUCUCUUCCUCAUCCAGAAAGACCAGAUCGUCUUCGAGCAAUUGCUGCCAGCCUGGCAACUGCAGGUGUGUGUGAUUCCUUCUCUUUUGUAAAUUCUCAUUUUGAAGGAAUGGAAUGA